CGUGAAGUGUUUGGGGGAGGGACUCCAUCAUUUAGAGAAGUGACCAGUUCCUGGUUUACCAGUGAAGAAGAAAGAGAGGCAGCGUUAAACCAUCAGAUCCUCCAACAUGAACGUGGGUCAGUCUCUGAUCUGCUUCUUCUUCCUCACAUUGCAGGAUGGAAAAAUCGGUCUCAUCAAUGCAAAAAUCAUCAAGAGAACAGGAACUGAAGGAGGAAACAUCACAGUUGGAUGCUCCUUCACUUUCUCUGGAUAUAAGAGAAUCUUCUGUAAGGACAAAUGUAAAAAAGGAGACAUUCUCAUUGAGACAGAAGAGGACACAGCUCAGAGAGGCAGAUACAGCAUCACAUAUAAAGAGGGAUUUUUUCCAAAAUCAAACACAUUUGUGUAUGUGAGCAUCAGAAACCUGACUCAGUCUGACUCAGGACGGUACUGGUGUGGUUUGAAGAGAUCUCUCUCAUUCCCAUCCUACGAUGAGAUUGAGCUCCGAGUUCCAGAGGGUGAGUUUCUCCUGAGAGUCAUGUUAUUAACUGUUCACUGACAGCUGCUGAUGUUUCCAAUAACUCAACAUGUUUAGUCUAACAGUUGUAUUUAGAGCUGCAUAUUUCCAUUAUUGGGAACUCUGAUGAAUGCUCCUUUAACAGCUGAUGUGUAAAAUAUGUGAUGAAGUCAGACGGCCCCCCACUGCAGCUGAUUGGAGUCUUGUAGCACCAAACCCAUUGAUGACCUUGUGCAUUUAGCUGUGGGAUUAAAACACAUGGAUGUUAGCACCGAGUUCUCUGCAGGGAGCAUCUGGUCAGCACCACUUCUUUGGAUCUCU